GGAGAGGAUUUGUCGGCAUUUGCUUCUGAACCUGCCUGCACCUUUUGUUAAUUUGCCUGAAACUGCUGCUGAACGCCAUGCGCACGCCGGGUCUACAUAUAUUUGGGAUGGUUUUUGCUCCCUGUGGCUUGGUGCUGGAUCUGACCAGCACUGUAGCUCCGAACUGGAGAGUACUCGGUAGCAUUCCGAAUAAAGCCUCCGAUGUGAUACUUCAGCAGGGGAUCUGGGAUAUAUGCCAAGCUUCCACGAUUACCACCACGGUAACGUGUAGCCAGCCAGACGUAACUUACUUCAGCCAACAGAUAAUCCCAGUCGCCAAGGGCUUGAUGGUCGCAUCUCUUCUGGUCACACUGCUGGGCAUUGCAGUGGCCACAGCUGGAGUUAGAUGUUGGAGAGAUCGGCCAAACUGGAUAAUCGCAGGAAUUGGGGGUAUCUUUAUAUUCCUCUCUGGUGUCAUGACUUUGAUUCCCAUUUCGUGGUACACGCACAUCAUAACAACCAUCCCAUCAGUGACCCAGAGCAUUACACCGGGAUAUUGCAUUGUUCUGGGUUUCAUCGGCGGCAUCAUGGAAGUUCUCAGUGGGGCAGCCCUGCUAACCGGAAUGUGCUCUUGCUGCGGCGGGUGGAACCGGGGAGAGAGACGAUCGGACAGCAAAACCACUUACUUCCACAACAGAGCGGCAGUGCCCCGGAGGAUCGAGGUGCCUAACAUCAGCAGGACCAGGAGCGAUGCCAGCAGCGUCCCGUACUCCAGAGACACUCUGGACGACCGAGAUUUUCCUCGUGCAAAGACUCCGGGGAGGAUCAACACCACGUACAGCAGCAGAAUGUGUGAUGCUGACUUGUGAAAACCGACAGGGUGAUGAAUAUGCUUGAAAUUAAUUUUAAUGAUGGAAGUAUUUAUUCGAGGGUGAUUGAGACCGACACUUUUUUUUCUUCCGUCUCUGUGUUACGCUGGUAAUAAUAGGCGUUCAAAUGCCACUUUAAAUAGCUUCCUUGUGGAAAAUGUGCGUUAUAUCCGUUUAUACGCGCAAAAGAAAUUGAUCAAAAUGUUUGUUUAUACUGUACUAUUAGUUAUGGCAAUCUGAUAUAGUGAGUAUAAUGUUGCGGUGCAGUAAAUCCACUUUUCAAAUUGUUUUAAUAUUUGUAUAGGUGCGGGGUCACUAAUGCCAGAAAAUAUUAAGCCACGGGCCAUGUGCAUUAUGUACAUUUUGAUGCUUUAAAACGUUAAAGAUUUUUAUGUGUGUGUGUGUGUGUAUGUGAGUGUAAUAUAUAUAUAUAUAUAUAUAUAAUAUAGAAAAACAAAAUAAACACUGUUCCGGCCACUCCUGUUUAUUUGCGAAUUUUGCACGACAGCGGAAAUUUUAAAGGCUGGGAAAACGCAUUUUUUUUAAAUCGGUGUUAUGCAUUGUACUGUACACCUUAAGAGUUUAUACAGAUGUUCACUAAAUAGCUGCUGUUAGUCUGUCCUGGUACAUAUGAAUCUUAGAAGACGCUUUAAUGUGUGUUUGAGAGAUUAGCAAAAUACAGGCCUAACACUUGAUAACACACAAUUCAUUCGCUAUGCAGCACUAUAUUGAAAUAUUUAUUGUAAGAACUUUGUGUACAUAUUUCUUUUAAAACCUGUGUAUUUGUAAUUAUUGGUAAUUCAGUCUGCGAUUGACAUGUAAUUAUUGAAGGGUUUCCUAAGAACUGUAAUAAAUUGAUCUUUAUCCUCAA